ACACCAAGCAAACCCCAACAUCGCGCCCAAUCGUCCCCAUAGUCGGCAUGGAGUCGGUGGAGCGCACGUUCAAGGGCCUGUCAGACGCCAAGACGCGUGUGGACCAGGCCACGCAGGAGGACGCGUCGUUUCCGGACCUGGCCGACCAGCUUAACGCUCAGUCCGAGCCUCAGAACUAUUUUUUCGAGCCAUACGCGUCGCAAUGGACCCCACAGGUGGCCAAGAAGGGCUCCGUGAUCCCUUUGCCGGGCGUGGUGGCCGCUGCUCUGGACGAUGCUAAGACAUUGUCGCUAUCCGGCCUGUUGCCGGAGAUCCGCUCAGCCUGGACGUCCGUGGACAACCGCCUCUUCCUUUGGAGCUACGCACAGCGCGGCCGCUUCGCCGCUAAAGAGUUUGACCAGGCCAUCGUGGCCGUAGGACUUGUGGCCCGACCGGCCACUGGAGUAUUCACGUCCAAAGUCCGUCACGUGCUUGUGGUGGCCACUACCGUGGAAGUGGUGCUUCUGGCCGUCGUGGCCGACGACAAUCAGCCCGAGUCCAUGAGCUUCAAGCUGCAGAGCACGAAGCUUAGUGUCAGUACGGACAAGUGUGUAGUCCGCAAGGUCGUGACGACGCGCAGUGGUCGCAUCUUCUUCGGAGGAUCCGACGGUGUGUUGUAUGAGUUCCUGUACGCACCAGAACAGAAGGCCGCGGCCGACCGCAACUCGCUGCUCGGAUCGGCCCUGACCAAUGUACCUGGAGUUGGAGCGUCGGAAGGUUGCAGGAAAGUGGCCCACACGUCCAGUUACGCGCAGUAUCUGCCGCGGUUCCUGGCCGGCCUGGCCAGCGCACCCGGCAAGGUAGUGGACAUGUGUGUGGACCACUCGCGACACAUUCUCUACGUGCUACACGACGACGCUCAAGUGAGCGUGUUCGACCUGGGAGCCAAUGGAGACGAGAUCAAGGCAGUCUGUGCCGUAAACCUGCUGGCCGACGGGGCCAAAUACGCGCGCGAGAACCGCCGGACACGCGUAUCCUGUCCUGAUGAGAGACUUUUCCAGCCGGCCGUGGCCGGAUCGCCUAAUCCUUUGAAGGUUGUCGCGCUGUCUACCGUGUCGCCGGACGAGUCCAAGGUGGUGACGCUUGUGGCCGUCACAUCCAACGGUAUCCGCUUCUACUUGACGGUAUUUUCACGUCGAUACACGUACUCUGGAGCUGGCAACUAUGGCCGAGCCAAACGUCCGUCCAGACUCGAGAUUCUUCACAUUCGUCUGCCUCCUCCGGCGAUCUCACUGCGUGACGCACCGCCGUACCACUCCAAGGAAGGGAUGCAGCCAGGCUACGCACCGGGCAAGAGUCCUAGCGCCGUGCACGUUGCCUUCCACCGUAAGGGCGUCUUUCUGUGCAUCGAAGGCCGACGAGACCAACAGGACCAGCUUGUGGGCAUCGCUCACGACCCUAUUAGCACCACAGCACUCCCCGUACAUACAGGCUUGGCGGCCAGGAAGCCAACGAUCCGAGAAGCUGUUUCUUUGGACACCUGCAUCGGCAAGGUUGUGGAUAUUCAAGAACUGGAUCCGCAUUCGAGCGAGGGUUCGGAGAGCUCGUGGAUGGCGCACGCCGAGGCGAUCGCGGCUGUUAAUGCGAGCACAAAGGGGGCCAACAGCGGUAGCAAGCGUUCAUUCGACGAAAUGAAUACCGGAAUCCCAGCUGGAAGUGCGUCGGAGAACGCGCCUGUCGUCGGAGAGAUGGCGCUCAUGUAUUCUCAACCUUCGCGACACUUUUUGUGUCUGACGAACGCUGGUAUUCAGGUCUUCAAGAAGAUUCGACCGCUGGAUCAGCUUCACCGUGUUCUUCUGCUUUCUCGUGGCCAUGACCACAAGGCUGUGCUGACGCCGUUUGUUCGCUGCUUUGGUGAAAUUCAGGUGGUAUGUAUGCUCAUCGCCUUGGCAUGUGGUGUCCCCACUGAUCCUCUAGUCAGUGAGACUUCCACGACCGCUUCCUUGAUCACGCCGCGUCCUGGCGGGUUGGCCAGUAUGAAGAGUGACGAUUAUAUCUACACGGCCGCUGUGCAGAGUAUCUUCGAGAUCGCUCAGGGCCCUCCUGACAACGUGGCCGUGGAGCCCGCUACCUCUACGUCUAACGGGACGUCAUCAGCUUCAAGUACGCGUAUCGUGCUGACCACGGAGUUCGGCAUGUCGUACCAACACGACGGUCUGGUCGCGUUCGCGUGUCGUGUGUUGCGUCCUCUCUGGACUUCCAAAACGCUCGGCCGACGUGUAGUCUCCCGUGUCUCCAACUCUAAGCCGUCAGCCAAGUCUCCUGGGUAUGUGACGAGCUUCGAGAACGUCCAUUCUCCUGAGAAACUGGACGAGAUCCGCGAGAUUCUCUUCCAGCUACGACAGCUCAUGGAGAGUGCUGGGCCGUUUGCUGUGUCAAUCAGUGGAGGCGCAGCACUAGAGAACAAUCCGAGCUUAGACGGCGUGCUGAGCGAGAGUACGGAGGUUGGGCUAUCUCGUGUGUCGGAGCUCGUGAUGCGUCACCAGAAAUCACUCAAUGAGGACCAGCUCAAGCGCGAGACGCGGUUCAAGGCCGAGCAGCGAUCUCUGUACUAUCUGUACCAGUUGGUACUGCGUAGUAUUGAGGCCAUCUCUUUGCUGCGGAUUGCUCAGGAGUACAAGGUUUCUUUAGAGGAACCUCUUGCUCGUCUCAGCUUCAGCGACCUGGUGACGACGACGGACGGUGCGCUAGCGGCCAAGACCAUGACGAAGGCUCUGAUGCGUGGCCGCAACGAGAACAACCAGUUCCUGAUCAAGCAGCUGCGUGAGCAGUGCCCCACGUUCUUCUCCGUGUCGGAUCUGUGGCACUAUCAGGGAUACCGAAGCCUGUCGAAUGCCAAGCUCAGCGGCUCUCCUGUUGCUCGCAAAAACUUCUUAAAGGAAUCUCUGGAUCAAUUCUUGAACUCGUGCCACAUGUGGGACACUGAGGACUGUCUGGAUGUUCUCCAGGGCAUCUGCGAAGACUACACUCUGCUCAACUAUUACGAAGGCGUGGUGAAGCUCUCUCUCGCCUGCGCCAAGCACUUCCACGACGCAGCAGCUUCGGAUCUCAGCGGUGUUAAGCAGACGUGGAAGAAGCGGUGCUUUGGCUGCAUCUUGCUCGCUCUGCACAAGCUUCUGGGUGGAGACACAGCGAGCGCGAGUCCACAGGCCGUUGAAGAGAUGGUGACACUGGACGACGAGACGAGGAAUAAGUAUGUGGAAGAACUCUUCCACUUCGCAUUGGCUUCAGAAGACGACAGCUUCCAUAACCUGCUGUACACGUGGCUAUACGAACGCGGCCACUCCCAUCUGCUGACGUCUAUCCGCUCUCCGUACAUUGAAGAGUUUUUGAAGGAGAAGGACCAAGAUCUGCUCGUCAAGCUCUACAUGGAUCAACACAAGUAUCUCGUAGCAGCUAAAGUGUGGUGGGCCCGUGCGCACGAGGACUCUAUGGGUGAAGACGAGUACGCGUCUACCUCUGCACUGGUGGUCUCCAAUAACCCGGACAUUGUCAAGCGUCAGUACUACGUGUCCAAGGCUUUGGGCUGUCUGAAGAGUCUGGAAGAUGUGGGUGAGGCCUCGGAGGCUAUCAAGGAAGUACGCGACGUGCUGGAUGUGUUGCAGUUGCAGGUUCGAGUCCUUAAGGCGCUGGAGCAACAGGUGAUCGAGUUGGAAGCUUCUUCCUCAGAUGAACAGCUACGACAACGCAAGACGGACUUGCAGCUGCUCACGUUCAAGCUCUUUGACGCGUCGACACUGUACAACCGCUUCGCGUCCAAGUACGACAUGUGGACGGAAUGUCUGCACAUUAUCCACGUGUGCAAGUCCGAGGAAGCCGAUGUAAUCGCGUCAUUGUGGCGGAAGAUCAUCUUCAGUCUGUUGCCUCAAUCCUCCAACAACGCAGCAUUCAACGCGUGGCGACUGGAUCAGUGCGAGAAGGCUGGAUUACUGGCUACUUCGAGUAGUACGGGAGGAGGCUCUUCUUUCGAGAGUGGCAACUGGAUUGGUCAGAUGCAGUGCAAGAUACUGAGAUUGGGCAAGUCGCUGUACCUGGAAGGCGACGACAGACACGGUGGCUCGGCUGACAUUGGAGAGUUCGUGUUCCCUGUGGGCUUCCUGGCCGAUGUGCUCGAGUGGAUCUCUCUGUGGUAUAUCCGAUCAACGGGUAUCGGUGCGUUUACUGGAAGUGUCGCCUCGGCCGCUGCUAUUGACGCUACGACGUUCAACUGGGUGCUCAAGCUCUUCCUGGACGUGGGUGUGCCGCACCGAGUACUGCUCAGCUACUACGAACAGCUCUACCGUGAACAACCGGAACGACUUUAUCGUGAAGGAUGGACGCUGCACUUGCUACAGUCGAUGUUGGCCAUUAUUACUAUCUGGAAGAAACACGCCAUCUCUCCUCGUGCUGGAAAGGACCAACUCGCAGAGUUUGCGGCCUGCUGUCCCAACGUCGUGGACCUCUGCGAUGGAUUUAUCACGGAUCUGCGCGCCACAUCACAGGACGAGAGCGGAGAGGCGUCGACGUUGCUAGAACAAUUCCGUCGGGUGAAAAGUGAACUGUUGAACUUCCGAACCCUCAUGUAGGAAACAAAAAAUCUAACAGAACAGACCAAGAUGUGUGACAGUGAACCAGAGAGUGAACGAAUAAAUUACACGUUUUGGCUUAAA